AUGAAUUAAGUAUGUUCAUAUAAAUAUUGCACGAGCAAGACAGUUCUAGAAUUGGGAUACAUUUGUUCUGCAUGCUAAAUUAUGAGAUAUUGCUCUUAAAAAUGCAAGGAUAAUGAUUGGACAUUGUCUCAUAAGAACAAUUGCAGACCUUACCAACCAAAGUCAAAGACAGAACUCAACGACUCAGCUUCAACUUUGAAAUCGAUUAGAAGAUCAGCUGAAGAUUUUGAAAUCAUCAUCAAGGAUAAUAAAAUGGAAUUGGGAAAAGGCAGUUAUGGGUGUGUUAAACUUGUCAAGGAUCGCUAGAAUGGAUAAAUGUAUGCUAUGAAAGUGAUGAAUAAAAAGUAAAUAUUUGAGUAUUGUUCUGUUGAAAAUCUUAAAAGAGAGAUUAAAAUCUAAAGAAGACUAUAGCAUCCUCAUAUCACUAAAUUAUUUCAUUAUUUUGAAGAUAAAGAGAAUGUAUUUCUUAUAUUAGAAUUAGCAGAAAAUGGCAGUUUAUUCAGCUACAUUAGGAAAAGAAGAAGACUCCCAGAAAAUGAAGCUUUUGUAUAUUUCUUUUAGACUUGCUUAGGAAUUGAUUAUUUGCAUAAGAAGAAUAUAAUUCAUAGAGAUUUAAAACCAGAAAAUUUACUAUUAGACAAAUCAGGCAAUAUAAAGGUUUGUGAUUUCGGAUGGUCAGCCGAAACAACUUAGAAUGGUGUAAGAAGAACUUUCUGUGGAACCCUGGAUUACAUGGCUCCUGAAAUGCUAACCAAUAAACCAUAUAGUUUUAGUUUAGACAUUUGGUGUUUAGGAAUUUUAUUAUACGAAUUAAUACAUGGUUUUGCACCAUUCAAAGGAAGGACUGAAAAUGAAAAAUGCAAUAAUAUCGUUAAAAUGGCAACUAUAGAUUAUGAUCCAACAUUGUCUACUGAAGCUAAAUAAUUAAUCCAAGGAAUUUUAAAAUACAACCCUGCUGAAAGGCUUUCAAUGAACUAAAUAUUCGAUCAUGUUUGGAUGAAAAAGCACUAUAAGAGCUAUGGAAUCGACUUAAGGUCAUAUAUGUAUAAGGAGGAAAAAUAGAAUGAUGUGUCUAGUAGAUCUAUAUCACCUCAGAAUGAGGAUAUAAUGAGUAGAUCAUUUGUUAAAAAUACAAACUAGAAUAGUAAUGGUGAUUUAAAAACUUUGUCAAAAUCAUCCAACUAUCCGAUCCAGUAAAAUGUUAAUAACAAUUCUAAAUCCACAGCUUGUUCAAAUUACAAUUAAGAAGAUGAUUUUAAAACUAGAGUUAGCAGGGUUUCCCAAAGGUAAUAAAUGGCCCAGGGAUUAAGAGAAAUAUAAGGGCCAUAAUAGAGAUAAGAGGAAUUGGGAUUUAUGGAUAAGGUAUUUUCUGCUUUUGGGUGUUUGAGCAGAGAUAAACAAUAAUCAUAAUCUCAUAAUUAUUGA